AUGGGUGUAGAUUGGCAAGGUGCCAACCCGGUACCCAUCUCCUUCAAGCCAGUCAGCGAGCCUUCGAUCGGUCACAACAGUUACGAGGGCUUCCACCCAGGUCGACAGGAUUUACUCAAGAAAGGGCACUGUAAAAAGCAGUGGGAUGACCAAGAUGGCAAAAAGCUAGAGUGUGAUAUCAUCCGCGACAACGAUGUUGAGAUCGUCAUGCGAGAUGGAGUUAAGCUUUAUGCCGACAUUUAUCGCCCUGCCGAUGCAAAGGAGAAGAUCCCAUGUAUUGUGGCUUAUGGGCCGUAUGGCAAGAAGUACAACAUGGCUGGUAUCGCCGUUCACUUGCCAUGGAAGCUCGGUCUUAGGCCGGACGACACCUCCGGAUACGAGACAUUCGAAAGUGUGGAUCCCAAGGAUUUCUGCGCGUGGGGAUAUGCGGUCGCCAACGUCGAUUCUCGAGGAACGGGUCAUUCGGAAGGUUACAUCUGCAUCAUGGGUGAGCAAGAGGCCCAAGACGGAUACGAUGUUGUACAAUUCCUGGGCCAUCAGGAUUGGUGCAACGGCAACGUUGGCAUGGCCGGCAAUUCACACUUGGCCAUCACGCAAUACUUCAUCGCAGCUAAGAACCCGCCAUAUCUGAAGGCUAUCGCGCCAUGGGAAGGAUGUUCGGAUCUGGGUCGUGAGCAGUUUACCAGGGGAGGAAUCUUCUCCAUCUCGAACAACAACUUCAUCACCAAAUUCACCGUGCGAGGCACAAAUGGAUACGAAGAUUUCGAAGAAAUGUACUCGCGAUAUCCUCUCUCAUCAGCAUACUGGGAAGACAAGCGUGCAGCUCUAGAGAAGAUCAAAUGCGCAGCAUUCAUCACCGGUACCGAUUUCGCCGCAAUGCACACCAUGGGCUCCAUCAGAGCCUACAUGCAGAUUGACAGUGAGAACAAAUGGAUCAAAUGGAAUGCAUGGCAGGAAUGGUUUGACCUUUGGGCCAUAGAAGAGUCUCGACUCGAGCUGCGCAAAUUCUUCGACCGCUACCUCAAAGAGGAGAACAACGAUUGGGAGCAAACUCCGAAAGUCAGGUGGUCUGUAUUACAGUACGGCGACAAGCCUCCGAUCGAGAACAUCGCACUACCCGACUUCCCUCAUCCCGAGACAAAGUACACUACCUACUACCUCGGCGACAAGACCCUCUCACUUUCCCCUGUCGAGACUGAGUCUACGCACUCGUACGACUCGGAGGGUAGCGAGCGCGUCAAAUUCGAGACUACAUUCAACCAGCCCACCACACUUCUCGGUCCUCCCAAGAUCUACCUCCACAUGUCCUGCAACGACCACGACGACAUGAAUGUGUACGUCCAGCUGCGCAAGCUAGACAAGAACGGACAUCCUCUGGUCCACGUACAGAUUCCAAAAGAACGAUGGCAGAUCAAGUCCACCUACGAUCUCCCCGAAGGACAGACCAACAACGGUGCAUUGUACUUCAAGGGCAACGUCGGUAUGCUGCGAGCUUCACAUCGCAAGAUUGAUCGGACUAGGACAAUUCACGAUCACAUACCUUUCCACCCGCACGACGAAGAACAACGUAUCCCUAAGGGUGAGGUUGUUGAGCUAGAGAUUGGUAUUUGGUCAGGCGCCACUCAUUUCGAGGCAGGAGAGACGCUGUCAGUCCAGGUCUUCGGUUUCAUCUCGCUUAACCCGGAACUCGAAAAGUUCAAUAGACCUAGACCGGCUGAGCAGCUGAACCAUGGAAAACACUAUGUUCAUGUUGGUGGCAAAUAUGAGAGCCGGAUAAUUCUACCGAUUGUUGAUUUAGGACUAUAG